CCGUGCGGUCCGUAAGUUUUAAAAGGGGAUGGGUCACACGCCAGGCCAAAGCGUCUUUAGUCGAGCGGCUCGUCGGCACGGUGAUUAUUCUAGACCUCACCUCCACCAUGAAUAUCUACGGAGGCUCCUAUCUGACGCACCCGCUGUGCUACAACCACCCCAAGAGGCCCUUCACCAUCGAGGCGCUGCUCGCGGACGACGCGGAGCAGGGCGCGGGCCCAGUAGGCCCCGUGGGUCCCCCGAGGCCCGUGACCUCGCCGCUACAGGGCCCCGUGGUCUUCCCGUGGCCCGCGGCGAGUCGCGUCCUCCUGCCUCCUCACCCGCUGCUGUCCGGCGAUCUCGUCUAUGUGCGCGCGUAUCCCUUGAUGGGGCCACCGGCUCCUCUACCUUUUCCGUGGCACUAUCUGCAGCAGCGGCACGCUGCUGUUGCUGCCGCUGGGACACUGUUGGAAAGCGCAGCUGUAGCUUCUGGCAACGGCGGCGCCGCGGACUCCGCGGACUCCGCGGGCUCGGAUCGAGGCCACCAGGCGGUGGGGAGGCCGAAGCGGUGCCGAGGCCGACAGCGUCCGCGCUUCACGCCGGAGCAGCUGGACGCCCUCGAGUGGCAUUUCGCGCGCGCACCGCGCCCGGGAGCCGUGGAGAGGGCCAGCCUCGGGGCCACCAUCGGCCUCACGCCAGAACAGGUGACCUCGUGGUUCCAGAAUCAAAGAGUGUUCUACAAGAAGCAGCGCCCGGGAGGUCCGCAGGCCUCCUCGCCUCCGGGUCGCGCCGAGUCGCCCCCAGCCGGCGGCCACGACUGAGAGGGCGCGCGGCCGGACGCUCACAGGGGAUUCACUGGGGCUUGCCGCAACACGGAGAUGGUGCGAUGUGUAUGUAUGUUGAACUUCCUUCGCACCGUACGUAGCCAACCGUGCUAAUCGGAGGCGCUGGAAG